AUUUCUGGUUUUGUAGGCCGGGGCCGGCUGAACCAGUUGUAUUGCGUUCGCGCCGGCGUCGCACGCGUUUUAAAAAUAAAACAAUCCAAGAUGGCGACUGGAGUGUCAACCCGGUGUUUGUUAACGUUGUCAAAAAGAGGAUUCAGUUCGAAAGCUGAUAAAAAUGUCGCGUUCCUCGGCCUCGGGAAUAUGGGAGGAUAUAUGGCAGCCAAUCUUGUUAAAAAGGGUUUCAACGUGCGUGGUUACGAUCCUUCAAAAGACGCAUUGACCGCUGCUGCGAAGAACGGUAUCAGUGGUGCUAACUCAAUAGCUGCGGCGGUAGAUGGCGUCGACGUUGUUGUAUCUAUACUGCCCAGCAACAAAGUCGUGUUGGACGCGUACCUCGGCAAAGAUGGAGUCGUCAAACACGCAACUAAGGGCGCUCUUCUAAUCGAUUCGAGUACAGUAGACCCAAAUGUACCAAAACAGAUCUUCCCCGUAGCAACAGAGAAUGGUGUUAACUUCAUUGACGCACCUGUUUCUGGAGGUGUGAUGGGCGCACAGAAUGCAACCCUAGCAUUCAUGGCGGGAGGUCGUAAAGACGAUUUCACGCGGUCUUUACCGAUGCUGCAAGCGAUGGGCGCGAAGCAUUUCCACUGCGGAGAUGUGGGAUCCGGCCAGGUGGCCAAACUGACCAACAAUAUGCUGAUGGGUAUCACCGGCAUGGCCACCGCUGAGUGCAUGAAUAUGGGUAUCAAGAUGGGUCUAGACCCUCAAGUAUUACUGGACGUGCUGAACAACUCCUCGGCGCGCUCCUGGUCGACAGAGGUGUACUGUCCAGUCCCCGGCCUCGUGCCCACUGCACCCUCCAGCAGGAACUACGACGGCGGAUUUAAAAACGAACUCAUGGUUAAGGACUUAGAGCUGGCGAGUGGCAUGGCGCUGGGCAUCAGGUCGCCCAUACCGCUGGGCGCGGUCGCCACACAACUCUACCGCAUCGUGCAGUCUCGCGGCUACGGACAGAAAGACUUCUCCUUCGUAUUCCAACUACUUAAAGAGGAGGCCGAAAAGAAGUAAAAUAAAAUGAAUUGUUAAGUUAAA